UGGUCGUCUUUCUUAAGGGUUUUUGUUUUUGUGGCGUUUCACAGAGAGAGAGAAAUAGAGAUUGUUUUUGCUUGUGGUGAGAGAAGAUCGCAUCGUGUGGGUAGCGUUUCAAACAAGUAAAAAAAAAAAAGAUAAAAAAAAGUUUCCGUCACUUUCUCGAGGAAGACGGGGUUUUGGUGUGAGUCCUUCGUUUGCGUUUGUCUUUUCAUUUUCCGAUCUCGUAAUUGUCAUGUUAUUCGCCGGAAAAGUGAAGAUUGAGAUUUAAAAGGUUGCGAAUUACCUUCACAGGAUUUUGUUGAUUGGUGUGAUUCUAAGCCAUUGGUCAACAAGUUUUUUUUCGUGUGGCAAUCACAUAAUCGUGUUAUGCAUUCUGAGAAAUGGUGUCGCAUAAGUGUGUAGAAGAAGUUGGAUACAAAAGCUACUUGUUACCUGCCAAUGCAAGAGCACCCAGAUCCGCCCGGAAGAGGCGUAGUAUCGAGAAGACGAUAAGUGAAGAUGAUAAUAUGUGUGCAAUUGAUUUAUUGGCCACCGUAGCUGGACACUUGUCAUUUGAGAGCGGGAGUUCUAUCGACAAACUGAUUGAAGAUCAUCGUGUAGUUACACAAAAGAGUGUAAAGGAGGAAUUCCUGGAGGAAGAAAAACCUCUAAUGCCAGAAGCUUUAUCCGGUGAAAAUCCUUAUCAGGGAUCUUUGAGCACCAGCGGUUUUAGUUCUGUGAUAAAUGGUAAAGUAGAGAACGAGGCAGAUGGUUUUAGUUACUCUGGUGGUAGUGAUGCUUGUCAAGUUGGGAGCUUCAGUGAAGAUAUAAAACCGGAUAUCGAUGGCGAUGCAUUAGUUCUUGAUGCGAGAGCUAAUGUUGUAGUUAGUUUAGGUAGUAGUAGUAGAACCGAAGUGCCAUCAAUUGGGAAUUGUGAUUCCCAUGGCGUUCGGGAUGAUGUAAAUUUGUUUAGUAGAGAUGAUGAUGAAAACUUUUCUGGGUACAUUCACCCGCGUGUUAGAAAAAAUUCACCUAGGACUGUGCCGCGUAUUGGGGACAGAAGAAUCAGGAAGAUAUUGGCUUCUAGACAUUGGAAAGGAGGUUCAAGACAUGCAGAUACGAAACCAUGGAGAAAUUAUUACUUGCACCAUCAGAGGAGCUAUCCUAUCAAGAAAAGGAAAAACUUUGACCACAUAUCUGAUUCAAUUACUGAUGACUACCGUUUGCGCACUAAGAUGCAUAGAGGCAGCAGAAAAGGUCAAGGUGCAUCCUUUGUGGCAAGCAACUCCCAUGUGAAACUACGGAUCAAGUCGUUCAGGGUGCCUGAGCUUUUCAUAGAGAUUCCAGAAACUGCUACUGUUGGCUCAUUGAAGAGAAUGGUGAUGGAAGCAGUGAGCACUUUAUUGAGUGAUGGACACCGAGUUGGUCUGAUGGUUCAUGGGAAGAAAGUCCGUGACGAUAACAAAACCCUUCAUCAGACUGGGAUCUCUCAGGAUAACACCCACUUGGACUCUCUUGAUUUUAGCCUUGAACCCAGCUCAGAUAUGCCUCAACUGUUAACUAGUCACCCGUCGGGACAUGCUUCUGGGGAGCUGCUACCUGUGUGCCAAGCUGCUAACAUGGACAAUGUGUUGGAAUCUGUCCAUCAUGACUCAGCACUAUUCCCAUCUGACUCAUUAGGCAAGAAUAACGUAACAGGAGAUUCUAAAGCUAUGAUUCCUGUGGCGCUCACUGAAUUGGCUUCUCGACCACCUUGUCGUAAACUUAAGAGAAGCGAACAGCAGCAGCAGCAGGCUGCACAACGCAGAAUUCGUCGACCUUUCUCAGUUGCUGAAGUAGAAGCACUUGUUCAAGCAGUUGAGAAACUCGGUACUGGAAGGUGGCGAGAUGUUAAGCUUUGCGCUUUCGAGGAUGCAGACCACCGCACUUAUGUCGAUCUCAAGGAUAAAUGGAAAACGCUGGUCCACACGGCUAAGAUAUCUCCACAACAGAGGAGAGGAGAGCCAGUGCCACAGGAACUUUUAAACCGAGUCUUGAACGCUCAUGGCUACUGGACACAGCAACAGAUGCAGCUGCAGCAACCAGAGACACAGGCUCAAACGACAGAGGCUCUGCUGCUUCUCUAGUUGAAUUUGCUGCAGGCUGGAGGUCGUCUCUCCUAUGUGUAUUACUACUAUUGAUGAUAAUGUAAGAUUCUGACAUAGAUGCAAAGAUUUGGUAUUUUACUUGUUUCUUGGUUUCUUUGUUUUAACUUUUCUCAAUGUAAAGUUUUUAACUGGAAUAAGGUUUUUCUGACCAGUUUAGGGCUUUAGAGGAUCUCUUGUACAUUUUUUGUGACAUUCUCUUCACAUAUUUCUUAUCUAGACUUUGUAAAA